AUGGAUCUUGCGGAGCCUGCAGCAGAGAAUCCUGGACAGAUGGUCAAGGACGAAUUGGCAGAGAAAUGCCAGAAGUUAUUUCAGGCUUUUUUGGAAGAGUUUCAGAAUAGCGACGGCGAGGUGAAGUACCUACGGGAUGCGGAGGAGUUGAUCCGGCCCGAGCGGAACACUCUGCUGGUGAGCUUCACGGACCUGGAGGGGUUUAACCAGGAACUCGCCACCACCGUUCAGGAAGAGUUUUACAGAGUGUAUCCCUACCUGUGCCGGGCCGUGAGAAACUUUGCCAGGGAUCAUGGGAACAUUCCUGUUUCCAAGGAAUUCUAUGUUGCCAUUCAGGAUUUGCCGACAAGACACAAGAUACGUGAGCUGACCACGCUCCGGGUCGGGUCCCUGACGAGAAUCAGCGGGCAGGUUGUCCGUACCCACCCGGUCCAUCCGGAGCUGGUGAGCGGAACCUUCCUGUGCCUGGACUGCCAGGGCGUAAUCCGUGACGUGGAGCAGCAGUUCAAAUACACGCAACCCAACAUCUGCCGUAACCCCGUCUGCAACAACCGCAAACGCUUCCUCCUGGACACCAACAAGUCCAAGUUCAUCGACUUCCAGAAGGUGCGUAUCCAGGAGACGCAGGCGGAGCUGCCUCGGGGUUCCAUCCCGCGCAGCAUGGAGGUGAUCCUGCGGGCGGAGGCGGUGGAGUCAGCCCAGGCAGGAGACAAGUGUGACUUCAUCGGUUCACUUAUCGUGGUGCCGGACGUAGGCCAGCUGGCCACCCCAGGCGUACGUGCGGAGACCAGCUCUCGUACCGCCGGCACGCAAGGCUACGAGAACGAGGGCGUACGCGGGCUCAAAGCGCUGGGCGUCAGAGAACUCUCUUACAAACUGGCCUUCCUGGCUUGUCACGUGACGCCCACCAAUCCCAGGUUUGGUGGGAAGGAGAUUCGGGAUGAGGAACAGACGGCGGAGAGCAUUAAGAACCAGAUGUCGGUGAAAGAGUGGGAGAAAGUGUUUGAGAUGAGUCAAGACAAGAACCUGUACCACAACCUGUGCACCAGCCUGUUCCCGACCAUACACGGCAACGACGAGGUGAAGAGAGGCAUUCUGCUCAUGCUCUUCGGAGGGGUCCCCAAAACCACUGUGGAGAGCACGUCCCUGAGGGGUGACAUUAACGUGUGCAUCGUGGGGGACCCCAGCACGGCCAAGAGCCAGUUUCUCAAGCACGUGGAGGAGUUCAGUCCGAGAGCGGUGUACACCAGCGGAAAAGCGUCGAGCGCUGCCGGUCUCACGGCCGCCGUUGUCCGAGACGAGGAAUCGCACGAGUUUGUCAUUGAGGCUGGAGCUCUCAUGCUGGCAGACAACGGAGUGUGCUGUAUCGAUGAGUUUGAUAAGAUGGAAAUGAGAGACCAGGUGGCUAUUCAUGAAGCCAUGGAGCAACAGACUAUCUCCAUCACCAAAGCAGGAGUCAAGGCCACUCUGAACGCCCGCACGUCCAUCCUUGCCGCGGCGAAUCCGGUGGGCGGGAGGUACGACCGCUCCAAAUCCCUCAAACAGAACGUUAACCUGACGGCUCCAAUCAUGUCUCGCUUCGACCUGUUCUUCAUUCUGGUGGACGACUGUAAUGAGGUGACAGAUUACGCCAUUGCUAGACGUAUAGUCGACUUGCACUCCAGAGUGCAGGACUCCAUCGAGCGACUCUACACCCUGGACGAGAUCCGCAGAUACCUUCUCUUCGCCCGCCAGUUCAAACCCAAGAUCUCUAAAGAAUCAGAGGACUUCAUGGUGGAGCAGUAUAAGCGUCUGAGGCAGAGGGACGGCUCUGGAGUCACUAAGUCGGCCUGGAGGAUAACUGUCAGACAGCUGGAGAGCAUGAUCCGUCUGUCUGAGGCUAUGGCCCGUAUGCACUGCUGUGACGAGGUCCAACCCAAGCAUGUGAAGGAAGCUUUCCGGCUCCUCAACAAAUCCAUCAUUCGGGUGGAGACCCCUGACGUCAACCUAGACCAGGAGGAGGAGGAAGAGGCCAUGGAGGAAGAGGAGGACAACCAGAUGAACGGGCAUGACGUACCGAACGGAGUAAACGGACAGGUCGACGGACAGGUUAACGGACACGACCAUACCAACGGGGUGAACGGCCACGCGGUGAACGGUGAGAGCCAGACCGCGGCUAAAUCCUCGCUCCGACUGUCGUUCUCCGAGUACAAACGCAUCUCCAACCUGGUGGUUCUGCACCUGCGCAGAGCUGAAGAGAACGAGGAUGAGGAGGCUCUGAAGAAGAGUGCGGUGGUGAACUGGUAUCUGAAAGAGAUUGAGUCUGAGAUUGACUCUGAGGCAGAGCUCAUCAACAGGAAGACCGUUAUUGAGAAGGUCCUCCACAGACUGGUCCAUUAUGACUACAUCCUCAUCGAGCUGUCCCAGUCCGGGCUGAAGGCAUCCACAGAGUCCGGCCAAACCGAGGCGAUGCAGGCAGAUGAUGUGGUUUUGGUGGUGAAUCCUAACUACACUCUAGAGGACUAG